UCAGGGCAGUUUAAGCUGCUGGAACAAGACCGAGAUAUUAAGGAGCCAGUGCAGUAUUUUAACAGUGUGGAGGAGGUGGCUAAAGCAUUUCCUGAACGAGUUUACGUCAUGGAGGAAAUAACGUUCAACGUUAAGGUGGCUUCAGGUGAAUGCAACGAAGACACAGAAGUUUACAACAUUACCCUCAGUACUGGGGAUGAGCUCACUUUAAUGGGACAAGCAGAAAUCCUGUAUGCAAAAUCUUCUAAGGAAAAGUCACGACUCAACACCAUCUUCAAGAAAAUUGGGAAACUUAAUUCUAUCAGUAAGCUAGGCAGAGGUAAAAUGCCAUGCCUCAUCUGCAUGAACCAUAGGACCAAUGAAAGUAUAAGCCUUCCUUUCCAGUGUAAGGGCAGGUUUAGCACCCGCAGUCCAUUGGAGUUACAGAUGCAAGAGGGUGAGCACACAAUUCGCAAUAUAGUAGAAAAAACAAGGUUGCCAGUCAAUGUAACUGUGCCAAGCCCCACACCAAGAAACCCAUAUGACCUGCAUUUUAUCCGUGAGGGCCAUAAGUACAAAUUCGUCAACAUUCAAACAAAGACUGUUGUAGUUUGUUGUGUUCUGCGUGGUAACAAAGUUAUUCCAGUGCAUUUUCCCUUGCAUUUGACUCUUCCAAAAUUCAUCCUCCCGGACAGUCUUGUGAAAGGGGAGCUAUGGCAUGAUACCCUGGUCCAGCAUUGGUUUAACAUCUGCCAGGAACAGUUUGAUAUAGACGAAUAUUCCCGUGCAGUGCGAGAUGUGAAAACUGACUGGAAUGAAGAUUGUAAGAGUCCUAAAAAAAGUCGGUGCACUGGGCACAAUCAUGUGCCAAAUUCUUUGAGCUAUGCCCGGGAUGAACUAACGCAGUCUUUUCACCGACUCUCCGUUUGUGUUUACGGAAACAAUUUGCAUGGAAAUAGCGAAGUGAACCUUCACGGGUGUAGGGACUUGUGCAAUGAAUGGGCCCUCUUUUCUCAUGACACCCUUCAGUAUCAGGACUCUGGUGACAGUAGCAGUGACUAUCUUUUUCCUGAAGUUACUGAAGAAUCAAUGUGUCUGCCUGCCAAACCAGAACUUCCUUAUGAAGAACUGUGGCUGGACCAGGGAUCUGGGAAACCUAGUGAUCAGCCUCUUACUCGUUCGCUAAGUGAGAAGAACAAAUGUGACAAUUACAGAAGCUCUUUUUGGUCAAAAUGUGGUAAUGCAUCUCUUCCUAUGCCUGGAACUCUAGCAGCAACAACAAAAAAGUCUUCAGAUGUUUCCCUACCUCCACCUCCAGUGCCUCCCAAAUCAGAAGCAGUACGAGAGGAAUGCAGACUCCUCAAUGCUCCACCUGUUCCACCACGAAGUACAAAGCCCACAUCCACAAGUCCUUCCAUUCCUCCUCGUACGAUCAAACCAGCACGGCAACAAACGCGUUCACCAAGCCCGACUCUGUCCUACUAUUCUUCAGGACUGCACAACAUCAGCGUAACAGAAAGUGACCCAACAGAUCCAACCGAGAGUGCCCCUGUCUCUUGUUACCCUUGUAAUGUGGUGACAACAGAAUCAAAAGAGCCUGACAGCAAGAUGCCUUUUGGAAGCCCCUCAGCUGAAGCUCUGUCUUGUAGGUUAUCCUGGCCAAAUCAUUUUUCUGGAACUUCUGAAGGCCUAAAUAGGAAUGACUUCCUGCUGGAUCCAAGCAGAAGUUAUAGUUAUCCAAGACAGAAGACACCGGGCACACCAAAGAGAAACAGUCCAGCACCUUUUACUUUUGACUUUGAUGGGUGUGAAAUCCCUGCCGGGUACUCGCAGCUGGCCCCAACUGAGUUCAGUAACGCCAUCUCCAGUUGUCCAAAGUCUGCAAGUUACUCUUUAGAAUGCACUGAUGAGAAAACUCUGGCAGUCGGCGAUACAAAGCAGAGCCAUUCGUGCCCUGCCUUACCUCCUCGUGCACCAAAAAUGAAUGAUGAGAAGCCAGCUGUAGACCUAUGCCCUUUGCCUCUAAAAAUAGAUGGUGCUGAAGAAGAAUCUCAGACUGGAUCACCAGACCUGUCAGAAGAUCAGUACCUUGUUAAAAAGGGCAUGCAGGAUGCUUUCUCUGUUUCUUACCCUCUUUCAUCUCCGCGUCACUUUCAGUUAGCACCAAGGUCUUGUGGCGACGGCUCUCCCUGGCAGCCACCUACAGACCUUUCUGGACUCUCAAUAGAGGAAGUAUCUAAAUCUCUGAGGUUCAUUGGCUUAUCAGAAGAUGUCGUAUCUUUCUUUGUUACAGAGAAGAUUGAUGGCAAUUUACUUGUUCAGCUUACAGAAGAAAUUCUUUCAGAAGACUUUAAGCUAAGCAAAUUGCAGGUUAAGAAAAUACUGCAGUUCAUUAAUGGCUGGCGGCCUAAGAUGUAGUCCAGUGAUGCUGACUGGUGUUUAAUGAAACUGUAUGUGGUACGUGCUAGGAGCACUGGGGCUAGUAUGUCAUUUCCUGUUUUUUGCACUAAAAGCCCUUCCUGUAAAUAAUAGUAGUAGAAGAAACUUACUAUGCAGAUAACAUUUUGAGUGGUGAACGGAUUCUUUUAUAUGUCAAUACAAAAUGUAGAGAACCUUAUAGAAGUGUGCCUUGUGCAUCACUGAACAUUCAGCAGCUGCUAAAAACUGGACGUUAAGGGAAUUUUUACUCCUUGUAGUCUGUCAAGAUGUAGUAUUUAUUGCUGAAUAAUCAAUGCUGAAAGACACACAAAUCCAGUUUACAGUUUUAUGUUAACAGCAAAAAAUAAUGCAUUUCUUUUGGGCUUCUUUUUUUUUUUUGAAUAGUAAUUGGCAACAUGCUAUGACUUCUUUUAAUUUCUGUUUCUCACUAAAGGAUGCAUUGAAAUCUAUAAAAUCAUCCUUUUCAACAAUGUAGCAGAAAACAUUAGAGCUAAACAAAUGCUUUGAAGUGAGGCUCAGACAGUAUGUUCUUCAAGAUACUUUUACAAAAGUCUACCUGUAAAGUACUCAUGGAUAAACUUACUGUGUUGUUGCACCUGAACAAAACCCUUUUAAUAUUAAAAAAUAUAAGUCAUUAUCCCUGA